AUGUCGGAUAUUAGCACUGUUCAAUUACAUUCCAUUGCAUUAUUCAAUCUUUCGGACCAUAUAACGCGACAAGAGAAGAGCAAAUUUGGUAUUUUAUUAGGAACUACUGAUAAGACUACGAUCACGGUGACCACGUCGUUUGAAUUGCUAUUUGAUAAUGACUUAGAUAUCAGCACAGAGUUCUUGAAGAAGAGGUUGGACCAGUUUAAUGCAGUUCUCCCACAAUAUACUAUGGUAGGUUUCUACCAACUAAUUAACGAACAAGAUCCGAAUUCUGCUACGUUGUCUGUUUUGAGACAAUUACAGGAUUAUCAAAAGCGUACGUCGGUACAAGAGAAGCAUCUCAUAUUCACACUAAUAAACAUGGGUAAGUUUCAUAAUGCGGAAGGUGCAGAACCAUUUAAGAGCUUUUUACAUGAAAAUAGGUCGUUGCCUCUCCGUACAUCAAUAUUGGCAAAUGAGACCGAAAAUAUUGCCACUUCUACUAUAGUGAACCAUCCGAAUUAUUUCUCAUCCGAGAUAUCGCGAGAUGCUAAUGAUAUAAAUAACGAUUUCAAGCUAGAUAAACAUAAUGAAGAAUUGUCUGUAUCUGUUAACCAAUUGCACGCGAAGGUGGAGAGCAUCAUAAAGUAUUUGCAACACAGACCAAAAGACAAUGAAUCGAAAAAUCUUGAACAAGAAAUCAAAACGCACAAUCUAAUUGGGCACUUAUCUUCGAAAAUAGUCUCAUUUCAACGAAACCAUGCUUCUGGGGACCAUAGCGUACAAUUGCAGGCAACCCAACUAAGCUUGCUUACAGCUCAAUUGUUAGCACUAGAUAACUUGAAGUCACAGAUUGCAAAAAAUAUCAUACGUUUCAGCAUUCAUACCAACCCUCAAAGUAUAGGACCAAUCAGGCAUUAA